AGACUUCCUGAGUCACAAGUCAACACUGGAAACCCUCGUGACGAAGACACAUAUAAAUACAGGACAGUUUUAACCAAGGUUAAUCAGUUUUAAAAUACACAUCAGCAUGAAGUUAAGUGUCUGUAUCGGCGUUUUCUUGCUCCUUGGAUAUGUAUUAGCCCAAGGGAAUGGCAGAAAUCAAAGAAGAGAAGAAAGAAUGAAGUUGAGGGAAGAAAGGAAGAAAUUAAGACAGCAGAGACGAGAAAAUCGUUUUAAGAACACCUUCAGAUGGACUCUUGUGUUGGACGAUGCAGCGAAAACCGAGCUGAAACAAGGAGCUUUCGUCAACACAGAAAAGAACUACAUUCUCCUCUGGUCUGGUGGCACAUCACUAGCGUCCACUGGAUUCAACAAAACCAUAGUGAUGCAAGAUAAUGCAGGCCUUGUCGCAGUGCUUCCAUUUAGUCGUGGUGGCAGAAGAAUGAAUAAACCUUUCCGGAGAGUCAGACCAUUUCUCUUGAACAGAGCCAGGCGUCAGGCUCGACCUGAUGGAAUUGGCGCGACUGACAUAGAACAACCUGGGUUGGGAGGCGGACUGGGGCGAAGACGUCCAGGUCAAGGUCGUAGAGGCGGUCGAGGCCGUGGUAGAGGUGGUCAAGGCCGCGGCAGAGGUGGUCAAGGCCGCGGCAGAGGUGGUCAAGGCCGUGGUAGAGGCGGUCAAGGCCGUGGUAAAGGUGGUCAAGGUCGUGGUAGAGGUGGUCAAGGACGUGGCAGAGGCGGACAAGGUCGGGGUCAAGGGAGAGGACGUGGUUUUAUGGGAGGUCGAAGAGGAGGGAAUGAAAAAAUGCCAUGCUACAUAGUUGCUGCCCAAACAUCAUACGCUGAAACAAUAAAUCUACUCAAAGUUAAUAACGCAAGUGGCACUGUUGACGUGGCAAAAGAAAUCCUUGACUUCGUGACCGACACAACACCUAUGGUUGGAGAUUUGAAAACUACGUUUGCCACUGAACACCCCAACCUGGCGACAUUCUGUGAUGAACGAGAUAUUACUGAUGCACGAACUGUCACUGCAGGUGAAGAUUUGAACAUCGAAAACGUCAUCAAUGUAAUUGGCGUCGGAAGACGUUUCAAAAUCCGAAUUAAGAAAAACUUGGCAUGAAGAUGAUGUGCACUAUGGCGUGAUGGCAUGGAUUGUGUUAUUUUACAUGGAUGUAAAAUAUAAAGGGCAUUUUUCUAUAGUAUAGCAUAAUUAUGUAGUCUGUUUUAGGGUCUCCAAGUUACAUGGAGAAAAAUAAGUACAGCAGAAAAUUUAGUUUCACACCAAGUCCCUUUUUCAUUUUUCCUAUUAAAUAGGAAAGGGCACGUGUCAUAUAAUUAUUCCAAAGGGGUAUUGCUGUAACUGACCUAUGUAUAAUAUAUUUGUUUUCAUAUCUAGACGUUUUUCCAUUUUAUUUAUUCACAACACUCAUUAUAGUCACAUGGUUUGUUAAUAAUAUUUCACAGUAAAGUAUAAUAUGUUUGCAUUGCUUGAUAAAAUA